AUGGCCGAGGUGGUAGGCCUGGUCGCCAGUGUCGUGCAGCUGGCUGGCGCUGGCUUGAAGCUGUCCCAGACGCUGUACCAGUAUGCCGAUGGUGUAGCUUCUGCCGAUCGCAGAAUCAAGGAUAUCGCGAACGAAGUCAAGCUCACAAGCUUCGUUAUCCAAGAGCUGGGGACCAUCUUCGAGAGAGACGAGACUGCAAACCUGAUUUCAGAAAAUGCAGUCAGGACGGCGAACGAGACGAUCAAAGAGUGUUUUGCGGUUUUCACGGAACUUGAGCUGAAAAUCAACAAGGGCAAGCCAGGGAAGAUGGGUCGGCUGAUGUUACCCUUCAAAGACAACAAGAUCGAACUGCUGCGAAGCCAGAUUGAUAAGCUCAAGAGUACGCUAGAGCUGUUGAUGCAGGUGCUGAUACAUGCUCAUCAAGUUUCAUCGGAGAAGUACAAUCGCGAGGCUGAAGCGAAGCACCGGGAAGAGAUCAAGCAGUUACUCGAGAACAAGAAGCAAGCCACAAAGAAGUACGAGGAGUCGCUGAGAAACUUCAGUAUAAGCGAUGGCAGCACUGUCGUAGAUGAGGGUGAUCGAUCGCUACAGGAUGAGGUCGACGUUGGUUCGCCGUCUAAUCUCAUCAACGCUGCUUCAGCCAUUGGCUCUACCAUCAACCCAGAUACGCUUGCAACAUGCGUGGACCAUGUCCGAAGCCUGUUAGCAGACAUCGAAACUCUGCAACUUGCCUUGACCAAGCAGGUAGAUGGAGACGAUCAUGCUGAUCACCAUCAGAAGGCUAUCGGAUCUUACUUCCUCGCUCGCUCUCAUCUCGACAGUGUGCUGCUUGGUAAUGCUCAAGCCAAAGUCACCGAUACAUCAAGUCAACCAUGGAUCAGCAAGACGAGCACCCAUACUAGUGUAUCUGCUACGUUGAAUGAGACGGCAAAGGAUGAAGAUGUCAGCAGCUCUUCGAGUAACGAAAGAGCACGAAUAGAGUUCGAGAUGUGGCGAGUGAGAGAGCGAGUGAAAGAGCGAACAAGAAACCGAGUUUCUGCUGAAGUCAACCGGGGGUCGACACCCGCCAGCCGUCAUCUUGAGCGGGUAGCAAGAAACCAAAGGGCCAAGGUUGAGCAUAGAAGCGGCACACGGGGUUCAGCCCACCGCCCUCCAUUGCGCGCGGAAAGCGAAGAUAUUCCCCUCGCCUUACCUCCUAGUGCAGAUUAUAUGCCGUCUAGUUACCGUGAGGAGUAUGCACCUACACUCCGAAGGACCAGCAAUCGAACCGACCCAGAAACGGAUGGAGCUUCAGAUGGUGAACUCGUAACCGAGGUGUCCGAUCAAAUUGAUCGACCUGGAGCAACGCAUUCUCAGCUACAGUUGAACAAUGAACGCUCCCAUGCGGAUGAUGCUCAGCACCCGCUUCUAAGCCAGGCGAGGCUAGCGAAACUAGAAGCUCGCGCUCGAGAUGAGAGGCUUUGGCAAGAAGAACUACGUAGAAGAGAAGGUUCCAGUGCCCCUGAAAGAGUCAAAGCAACCAAUAGGCGCGAUUCUCUUCGACCUACACAGACUCAGCUAUCACAGCCAGCCCGUGAUAGAUCGCCUUCGUCGUCGCUCGGAUACUUGUCAGAAGAAAUUAGAAAUGGCUCAUGUGCGUCUAGCAGGCGCGUCCAGGAGGCUAAACGAAGUCCUAAGAAAGACAAGGACAAGAUCGAACACGAUGGACCACCGGCCGUAAUGGCCUCGUGCGACGAUUCGUCUGAAACGAAUGAGCCCAAUCAGAGGGAGAAAGCGAUAGCAAGAGAGCAAAUGCGUAGGAGGAGGAGAAACCACCGUGAACGAAAAGAGCGAGAGGAACAGGAAAAGACACGAAGGGAAUGUAAGUAUAACCUCAACUUGCAAGCACACAGAAACCAGGAGCUGCACCUUUCGUAUCGCAUCAUUGAAGAAAUAGGCCUAACGUUACCAUCAGAUAUCGAAAAGCUGAAGAUGCCAGAAUUGGCAGAGCAAUCUUCCACUCACGCGGGCGAGCCUGCUCCUACUGAAGAGAUUCCAGCUGACCCCCAGGACUCCCCUUUUUACUCCAAGGACGGCCGUGUGAAAGCGGCAAUAGCUCUUCUUCUCGCCAAGGAAGACCAGCGAUUCAGCCUUAACACCUACUGCACUUCCGAAAUAGACCCGCCAGAAGACGACCAGGUGAACCAGCAAAUGGCUCUUCUUCUCACCAGGGGAGACCCGACACCCGGCCCUGACUCCAACUGCACUUUCAGAAUAGACCUGCCAGAAGACAGAGACGCUUGUGACUUUGAACCAUCCUCAUCGAAGACGAGCAUGAAGAAAAAGGAUGACAAAACCGAACAGACUAAACCACUGAUGUCAGCGAGCAGGCGCCACGGUUCAUUUAAAACGCACGUUCGCUCUCAUAGUGUGUCUUCGCGAGGAUCUGAUGUUGACAAGCAACUGGAGAGAGCGAAGGCAAGACGUGAAGAAACAAACAUGGAAUACGAUCGACGACGAGAGCAAGAGAGACGGAAAGAGUCGAACACGGAUUCAACCUCGACUCGUAGUAGUGGCAAAGUACCCCACUGGCAACGCGCGUCGUCGGCGGCGUCGAGGACACGCAAGUCUAUUGAUAGCAACGAAGACACCCCAGAGUCAGCAGGCCCAAGAGGUCGCAUCGGCGCAGCUACCAGACACCAUGAACGGUCAUGCUCCCGCUCUCGUGUCCUGGUCCGCGUUCGUUCUGGAGUUUGGGAGUUCCAGUACAAGCCAGCAGAAGACGGUAGCGACAAGCAAGGAGAGGGUAUGAAUUGCGAGUCGGAGUCGAACCGAGAUGAGGAGAGGGCAGGAAAGGAGCGAAUAGUGACAGCGGCUUCAGAAGGUGUGACGGCCCUACAAAGUGGCCACCGCGAGCUAUCGCCUUCCCGCCCCCGUCGUACCCGUCGUCCCCGUCCCCCUCGUUCCGGCUAUGCUCAAAUCGACCCACGCUAUCAUAGCGACUCUAGCAGUUAUGUUAGUCCCAGCGAAAAGAUUGAGCGCGAGCAAGAAGGAGAUAGGAUCAACCAGCUAGAAGAGGAAACGCGGCGUGACCGGGUGUUGGAGGGAGAGAACAAGGGGGCGGAAAGGGAACGACGAAGGGGACCACUCUAUCUUCCACAGGCUAUCCCCUGUGCGGUUGACACAAGCAGGAAAGGCGAGCAACGUAAGUGUCAUCCGAAGCUUGCAGAAACAUUCAUUACUCUCGCCAAGAGUUCAAUCGCAGUAUUACUAAUGCCUAUACCCCUAGUGAAAGAAACAUCGCACGCUCGUGAACAGCGAUUGUUACGGCAGAGACAAGAGAGCUCAGAAGAGUACUCUUCCCCAAGUAUUCAAGAAGACACUUCAGAAAGUGAAGAAGCCGAGGAUUCAUGGAGUCACAUUGAUGAGACGGAAAAGGUGGGCCGGGUGGACGAGGUGGACGAGUUACUGAAGGAAUGGACUACUCUGCUUGGAUGA